AUGCCACCUCGCUACCCUUCAAGUCCAAUCCCGCCUCCCCCACAUCCACCAACAACAAGCACCAAACUACGCUCUCACUUGCUCUCCCUCCUCCCCCUUCUCCCAAAACACGCUCUCUUCCACGCAAAACUCACAAUUCACGAAGUCGCCUCCGUCCCCUUUCUGGACGGGGAGUUCGCCGCGAAAUGGAGGUUCAAGAACGCUCAUUCUGUUAGUUCCGCAGCGGGCGGGAGCACGGGGAGCCUACUGGAGCGCGCGGGGGUGAGGAAGGUCGCGAGCUACGACAGGCUCAGAGGGGCCAGCGUACCGGUGCUGGAAGCUGACGAGGGGGAAGGGGAAGGGGAUUCAGGGGGAUCUUCUUCCUCCUCUUCACCCCGUGGUGGGCGGACGACUCCGAUGCCUGGUGACCCGCCUCCCAGACCGCCAGCACGCCCCCCAGGCGCUUCCUACUCUGAACAAUCUUACCUCGCCCCGCAUUCGCAUUCGCAUCCGCAUCGUCCUCCCACUACACCUUCCAGCGCCAGCUCCUAUUCCGCCCCUCCGGCGGGUACGAUCAACUUCCUCCCCCAGCCGAAGGGGCAGACGCAGUAUGUCCCCCUCAGGCGGCAUGCGGCUGUUUGGAGCUUGGACGUGGACGCUGCUGUGCAGAUGAGCAUUGGGCGCGGGGUGGGGGCGAGCGAGCCUGGCACGCCUGCUUUUCCCGGGACUGCGAAGGAGGAACGCGAUCGGGAGAGAGAGAGGGAACGGGAAAGAGAACGGGAAAGGGAGAAGGAACCGGGUUUGCUGCAGCCUUGUGAGCUCAAGCUGUCGAUUAUCAAGUACCUCCAUGAUUGGGAGCGAAAGGACGAGCUGGCGAGGGAGGGCGCGGUCCUGGGGUCUGUGGUGCUGAAUUUGGCGGAGUAUGUGGGAGAAGGCGUCGUCACGAGGAGAUACCUCUUGAGGGAUAGCAAGACGAACGCUACGGUCAAGCUGUCCAUUGAGAUGACCCAGAUUGGAGGAGAGACGAGGUACAAGAGCCCACCGCUUCAGAAAGGGCAGAUUUUGGGGAGCGUAGCCGGGCUGAUGAGUGACGACCAUAUGCGGCGACAUGCCCGUUCUCCAUUGCUGCGCACCGCCUCAUCAGGCUCCUCCUCUUCCUCCCUCUACCUCCCACCAGCACACCUCUCCGUCCUCCCCCCAGCAGGACACAAGCGCACCCCAAGCGCGCAAUCCGUUCCCACCCCUCAACCCACGCACGCCCACGCCCACACACCCUCGAUAUCCGUAUCCGUGCACGGGCCCUCCCCUCCCUCUGCUUACUCGCCUGCCUUCCCCACCGCGCUCAGCUCUUCUGGCUCUGGGUCCCCCCUAGCCCCGAGCACGGAAAGCAUCAUCGAAGCACUCUUUAACCCCUUCCCCUCCCAAUCCACCUCCCCCUCCCCUUUCACGUACUACAAGCCUCCUACACCUACCCCGGCUUCUCCCCCCGCACCCCCCAUUUCAGAAGAAGAAGACAGCUCGCAAGGAAGUACAGGGACGGAAGAAGACUCUCCAGGGAACAACACCCUGGGCAAACGCCGCUGGUGGCGCAAGAAGGGGAAGAGACCGGCAGAGCUCGACCUGACGGGUGCGAGGGAGACCCAAACUUGGGCCGGGAGGACACGGACUGCUCAGGCCUCGUUUCCUGCGAGUACGAUGAGUGGGAGUACGGUCACUUCUGGGACGACGAGGACUCUGCCGGGGGGAAAGUGGAAAUGGCGCUGAACGGACUCUCCUGACUGGCGGGGACGAAAACUCGUUGCGGGCGCUGGGUCUCGUUCAUGUUUGUUUUUUGCUCCGACCACACUUAUGGGAUUGAAGGAAUGCCCUCGAGUUGGGCUCAAGGAUCGUCUAACAGGAAGGAAGAAGAUGGAAGAUAUAUGGUCUUUGGAGUCACUUUCGGUUGCUUUUUUCUUUCUUUCGUUCUCCUUUGUUUCCCUUUGUCUUCUUGACCCACCCGCGCUCGCAUUCUGAGCGCAAGCACUCUCGCCCCACACGCACGCACGCACGCGUCC